CCCAGUCUCUUUUGUAAUGCUGAUUUGAAAGCUAAACUUUCCCCAAGAAGGGGCUUCUAUGGAGGAGAACGGCAGUCAUUUUGAGCCGAAUUUAAUCAAGAUCUUGUUGUGAAGGUUUUCUAGAUGCACUGAUGAUGGAUUACACAUAGACCAUACCUUUUGAAUAUGGCCAGUAAUACCAAAGGUGAUUCCAGGAGUGAUAGGGAUUCAAUUGCUUAUGAUGAUGUGGUGUCUUCAGGAGAUUUAAGCAAUGAAGAAGCUGCUCCAGCAGAAAAUGUACAAAAGAGGGGUGAUGCUUCACCUUUUGAAGGCAAGGGCACUAUGCAAACCCAAAACAAAGAUUUGAGAGGACAAAAUAAAACUGAAAAUUUAAAGACAGCUGAUGGAGGAAAAGAUGCAGAUAAUGAAAAUGACUCUAGUAAGGUGUUAUCUAAACCUAAUGAUAUUGAGUCCAAUGAUCAAGGUUCACGAAAUGAUAGACUGAAAAAUUGCAAGGAAAAUGGCAAGGAACAGUGGACACCAGUGAAAGCAGAUUUAAAUAAGAAUAAAGAUGGCAAGGGAUUCAUCGCUGGAGCAAAAACUGAAAAUGAUUCUAGUCCUCAGGUACCCUCAAGACGUCAACCUCAAAAGAGGGCUAGUAAUGACAUGGAACAAAAAACUUCACUCAGUCACAGUCCUGAAGGUGACCCUGUCAAGCCACCUAGAAGGCGUUUGCCACAAGUACCAAACUCUGCUGAACCAAAGGCUGAUCAGAAGAGUUCAUCAGAUGAAGGUGAUGUGCUUUCUGUGACCAGUAAUGACUCGGGUGAACAAAAACUUGAGGAAAUUAUUUGCAAGCCAGUGCUAACAUCAAGUCCAAACCAAGAUGAGCUACCUAGCUUGACUGUAGAAAAUAAUGUGAUGGACACGAGCCGCAAAGUCCUUUCAUUCAUGGAUGUGUCCUCUGAAGGUGGUGUUAGAAAAGUGGAAUCAUUUUAUGACUUUCUUUACUCUCAAGAGGGUGCUGAUGUUUCUAAAGAAAGAUCAACAUCUCCUAUUUUAGUGCAAAGGCGGGACACAAUUGGUAGUGCACUGUCUGGUUCACAGGAACAUCUAUAUGAUGAUGUUCCAAGAGAUAGCAGUGUUGCCCAGAGCUGGAAAAGUAAUGGAACAUAUGAUGAGGUCAUAGUCAACAGAGAGGCAUAUGUCAUGCCUUCACAUGAUGAUGAAAGUGAUGACUACUCUGAAAACGACCCAUGGGGUUCAGACUUUGAAACUGAAGAUGACAUCACAUAUGGAGGCAGUAUAAGAACACAAGAUGGUUUUAUCGAUGAGGAAGAGGAAGAGGAUCCAUAUGAUACGGUGGAAAUAAGUCCCAUGAGGGAACGGAAGAGACCGUUUCAAUUUGUAUCAGAAAUUGCAAACUUCUCGCCAUUUUCCACUGGGAAGAAGUCAUCACUGACCAGUCCAGGACUGAAGGCCCAAUUUAAGGGUUGCCUUGGACUGAAUAGAGUGCCAAGUAUACCAUACUUGGCCAGUAACUCACAAAAAGAAAACGAAGAAGCAAAUGCAGUUUAUGUUGACCCAGAUAUCACAGACUCUGUAAACUAUCAGCAGCCUGUCAUGCCACCCAUGCCAGAAGGGUUAUCCAAUGAGCAGGUCAAAAGAUACCAAAUUGUGAAGUUCAUGCUGGAGAGUGAAGCAGAUUAUAUGAGACUUCUGGAUCAACUUAGCAAGCAAUACGAGCUACCCAUCAGAGAGCGUGAUCUUCUCGAGCCAAACAAGAUUGACAUCAUUUUCCAACAUGUACAUAGAGUAUUGCAGUGUCAUGCCAUGUUUAAUAUUGCACUGAGUGCAAGGAUGUCAGACUGGACACCAGAUAUGAAAGUUGGCGACAUCCUGUAUGCUCUGUUUUGCAAAUCCAUGGUCCUGGAUGCUUACAGCGGAUAUGUGAACAAUUUUGCCAAAGCUAUGGAUACAGUGAAAGUAGCUUGUAGAACUCAUCUGGCAUUUGCACAGUUUUUAAAGUCACGCAGACAGUCAAGCCUUGACCACCUCUCCCUUCAUAAUUUGAUGUUGAGACCAAUUUAUAGAUUUCCACAAAUUUUGGCCCUUCUACAGGAGUUGCUGGUUGUGACUCCCAGGGACCAUCCAGAUCGUGUUCCCCUUCAGCUUGCUCUUACUCAGUUAGAGUGUCUGGCAGAAAGUCUCAGGGAAAGGAAGAGAGAGGCUGAGCUAAGAAAUAAAGUGAAACUGUUGGAUGGGUUGGUGGCACAAAGCCACAAGACUUUGGCUUCUGGAAAUAGGUACUUCAUAAGACAGGACGACUUCGUACAAUGUAAUGUUGAAGGUGAAUCAAUCCUUGGGACAAAGAAACGACGCAUUAUCAUGUUGUCAGACAUGCUGCUUUGUGUUUCUCUCAUUAAGGGGAAGAAAGACCGUGCCAUGCACAUGGUUAUUGACCCAAAAGCCAAGUACAAACUGAAGUGGAAUGUUCCAUUGAGUGAUGUGAAUAUCGUGGAAUAUGGUCCGGGUGUUAACAUACUGACAAAUUCCUACAGAACAACGAUAAAGCACUCUAAUGAAGGUCAGUAUCGAAGUGCUUACAGUGGUUGCCGGGAACACUUUGAAGACCUGCAGCAGGACUUAGCUAUCAUUGGUCAAAUCGCUGGCCUCGUGUCCACGCUAAGACGGUCAUACCAGGUUCUUGAUAUGGAAAAGGUUCAGAAAUGGCACAAGGCAGUGCAGAGGACAAUCGAGGAAGAAACACGACUGGCCAAUCUUUAUUGGCUCGAGUUGUCAUUACCAUCUAAGAAUGGCAAUGUAAACUACAUUUUUAGCACAGACUCGCCAACAGUGAAAGCGGAAUGGGUCACAGCUCUUAAUACGUCUAAGUUGCGACUGGCCCCUGAAAACAAUCCAGGUUGGUAUCUUCCAGAAGAUGAUGGAACUGGAGGCGUGGCCGUUCAAAGGCGGAACAUGCCUCUCCUCAAAGAUAACUCAAAUUUAUUUAUGCUCAACCAGAAGGCAAAGAUUCAAUGUAUCGUGAGUUGUCCAGAUAUUUCGGAUUCUCUUCCCGGUGUCCACGACAACUACAACAUUCUUUGGCUCCUUUGCGGAAGUGGAGAUAAUGCCGGUCACGUGUCUGUAGUCAAAGUUUCCCUUGCCACCCCUCCACAGGUGGUAGAGUCGUUUCACGUGUGUGAGUCCAAUAUCUUGUGUGGUGCGUACAUGGAAAGGACCUGCGGCGAGGAGAAGAAAUUCAAGGGAACGGUCAGCGGAAGGUUUGGCUUUCCUUUUCCCACGGUCUGGUUAGGAACACAGGGAGGAAGAAUUUUUAUCUAUAAUGCGGCGGACGCCACACGGCGCUACGUCAUGUCAGUAAAACUUCCAGACGCAGUCUUGCAAAUCAAAACGAUAAACAUGAAAAUCUUUGCAGCUGUGGCUGAUGGUAGCGUUAUUAUUUUCAAACGCAAUCAAGCGGGCACAUGGAACUUCAGUGAACCAAAGGCCGUCGGUCUCGGUAAAGCUCCUGUCAUGGCGAUGGCGGCUGUGAAAGAAAAUCUUUGGUGUUCCUGUGGUAACAAGCUGUUCAUUUUAGACUGCAAUGAAGAGAUUAUCAAGCACGUGAUUGAAGUCGAUGAAAAUCCCAAGACGAGUAUCAAGCUUCUUGUUUGUUACGGUGUGGGUGUGUGGGUGUCUGUCUGGAAGCAGCCGUCAAUCAAGUUGUUCCAUAGUGAGACACUGAAGCACGUGCAAGAUAUCAGCAUCGCCUCUCCUGUCACCAAUAUGCAACGGGAUAUCGACUCUCAGCUGGAGAAGACAAAACUAGACCAAGUAUAUGCCACAGCCCUCGCUGCCGAUGAGGGUUUACUGUGGGUCGGUACAAGUGUUGGAGUCACUCUUGUGUUUCCUUUGCCACAGCUGGAGGGAAUACCGCUUGUGUCUGGUAGAGCUUGUGUUGCUUUUCACUCGUACGGUAGCAGUGUGCGAUGUUUUUACCCGCUGAAGAAUAACCCAAACCUCGGAACGGGACAGGGUCCCGACACAAACAAAGUUGACUCGAGUUUGUUUCGUGAGAAUGAAGUCAGAGAUGCUUGUGUUCAAACAGACGCGGGAAUCUCCGGGGUCUGGUCUCACGCGUCACGUGGUUCGGCCUUAGCCAAUCAAAGUAAUGCAUCUCCUACAAAAGACAGUGACAGAGCUAAGGGACAAACUACGGACCGAGAGGAUGAGGAGGACUUGUCUGACGAAGAUGUCGACAGCGAUGACGAGUUUAACUUUGUGGAGGAUAAACAACAAACUCUGACUGGUGUACAGAUUAGAUCAAGUGUAGGGACUGCAUCUUCAUCGGAUUCAUUCAAAAUCAAGUUCGAAGGGACUGAGGAGUCUGCUAACAGCCUCCUCAGGAGCUCGGUUCAUUCCGACGAUGUUGUUGGCAAAACCGAAUUCCGAGUAGACGACUUCGCCCGAAUGUUAUCCGAAUUCAAGGGCUUUGGAAGCCAUCCGACGACAAGUGUUCCGGAGCCACCCCAAAUCCCACUCAAUCUUCUCAGUGAUCAGGCCCAUUCCAAAGGUGGAACUCUAUCUGAAGGCCAAGAAAGUGGAAAAGCAUCUGCAAGUACUGAUGAAACAGUUGGAAGUGGUUUUGCGCUCGGACAAGCAGAAAUCGGAAGUGGAAGCGAAGAUGCAGCUUCCAGGGAUAGGGUACUAUCUGUUGGUGAAAAUGUCAAACUGAACGAUGCUCACGCGACUGCUGAAGCUCACGGUAGUAACUUUGAAACCGGAAGUGAGUCUGCUGGGGAAUCUUCUGGAUCUAAAGGCGAUGAACCUAGCGAUCUCUUACCGGAAGUUGAAAACAAGGCAGGAAACGAUGGCGGUACCGGCAACCUCGAGGUGGGUUCCUUUGCAACUCCAGCCUACUUGGAAGUUCUGAGAGACUCAGAUUCUAGGGCUGUAAAGUCACCGGAAACGGCUAAGACGUCAGAAGUGAUUUACGACAGUCCUCGGCAAGACGAUAGCUACAGUGUUUUCGACAGAAGUCAGUUGCAAUAUUACACAACCGGAAGUACAGCUAAAGUGGAGAACUUGAAACCCAGGCUGCCGUUCCCUGUUCUAUUCGUAAGCGCAGGCGAAGGGUAUGCGGACUUGAGGCGAAAGCGACGGGACGAAAACGACAAAGAGCCGAGGCUCAUGAUCUGGCAAAUAAUCUAGGAGGGAAUCCGAUAGAAAUCCAGGGAAAUCGGAAAAUCUUCGUUGCAUUUCGGACUGGUCUCGAAAAAGAGCACGAAUGCAAAGGAAACUCGACUGAGAAGGCAAGUACAAUUUUAGGAUUUGAGACAGAGAUUUGUAUUCAGGCAAUUUUAUGAUUUGCUUGUCAUGAGCAUCAUUUUUUAUAUUGACUUUUGACUUGAAAUAGUAGUACAAAUCAUAUUGAAUGUUAUUUUAUGAAUAAACAAAAACAAAUAUUAAAUCAUACAGAUUUUUAGUUGAUAACACAAGAUUAUUUUUAUAUCGUUAUACAAGUUAAUGUAAAUUAGGUUGUUUUUGCUAUUUUUACGUGUUCUUAGUUAUUGCUUCUUUUCAUAAAGUUUCGUAGUAGUUUCGUCGUACUUUAGACUGUUUGAAGACGAAGUAUCGAAGAACUAAAGCAAAAAUAAUCGUUACAGCCAUUCAAAACAAAAUAAGACUUCACAAGAAGCCAACUUGGAGACAGUACUCGAUGCUAUUGAAACUGGGAUGUCUGGCCCAUGUAUUGCUUGUGAGCAAUAUUGCCGCAGAAAUAGUCUUGGUAAAUGAAAAUCUGUCAAGGGAAAAGGGCUAUUGCAAAUUGUCAGUAAUCUGCUAAAAUUCCAAUUUAUCUUAUUCCUUCACUGUAAACCGUUUUCUUUUUCCACGGGUCGUGUAUCACUUGUUUGGAGUGGGGAGGGUGGGGAAUUGCAAUACAGGGAAUCUGUGAACGGACAGAUUAGAGGCUUUGGAAUUUGUUUUUUGAAACUGAUUUAGUUGUGAAUUGAUAACGUAUAUGCUGCUUAAUUUAAUUUAUUUGAAUAUGAAUAAUAAAAGUUUUCCGGAUGAUGAUUUUUCUGAUA